ACUUCCCCGUUUGGCUGUGAGUCAUUGCAAUGAGCGCGCGCGGUGAGGAAGCCGCCGAAGCCUCGGGAUCCCGCGAGCAGCCCGCUCCGGCCGCCGAGCCUCCGAAGAGAGGACCGGGCAGACCCAGGAAGCCGCAGCAAGAACCCACUGGUGAGCCUGUCCCCAAACGUCCAAGAGGACGUCCCAAGGGAAGCAAGAACAAGGGUCCUUCCAAAGCAGCACAGAAGAAAGCUGAGACCACAGGGGAGAAGAGACCCAGAGGAAGACCAAGGAAAUGGCCACAGCAAGUGGUCCAAGAAAAGCCUGCUCAGGAAGAGGAGGAGGCCGAGGGCUCGCCCGAGGAGGACUAAUCAACCACAUCAUUUUACCUCUACCUCAUCCAGCUGUCAGCUCUCUUCAAGGGAAAAGACUGCCUUGACCACUUAUCGUUGAGUUUCCACUUUUGUUUAUCAAGUUUGUUAAUCGUUCUCAUUUGUUGCUUUUCUUAGGUUAAUUUUUUUGUUUGUUCUUGUUUGUUUAUUUUUGUUUUGGUUUUGUUUUUGUGAUCAGCACACAAAACCUCAUAGCAUGAACGCGGGGCAAAAAACACAACAACAACAACAACAAUAACAAAACACAACCAAUAUGCAGAUGAGAAUUCUGCUCACCUCCGCAUUCCAAACUGCUGUAGCACAGAGGUGCAGGGGUUAGCCGCAUGGGAUGUGUCUUGCCCAAUGCGCACACACACACACACACACACACAGAUAUUUCAGGCAUUUAGCAAAAGAGAAAGAAAACCUAUCUGGUUUUGUCAUUUGAAACGUUUGUGGUAGAGCCUCCAACAGACACAGCUACUCCAUCACAGUGCACACACAUGCAGAAAACCCCUUACUUCUGUGUCACACCACCAAAGACAGAGGCGAAAUGAACCAUUCUGGGUUUUUACAUGUAUAAAAAGUUAGAAAUGGACUAGAUCUACGUUACAUCAUUUUAUGCAUGUGAUAAAAAAAAGCAUUUAGUUGUAUAAAAAGAUACGGCCUGCAGAUGAACUGAAAAAAAAUUAGCCUAUUGGGAAUAAAUUAACAUCUAAUACAAAUAAACAUGGAUUACUUGAGUUAUAUAGUUUUAUACUACAGAAAGACGAAAUAAAAGAGUCAGCAAUAAUGUCCCGGAUGUACUUAAACCCCAUUCCAUAGCCUAAAAUAAUUUCUCAAUGAUUUUGUAAAAAAACCAAAAGAAUUAUAUAUAUAUUAAAUAAAUAUAUAUUAUUAUAUUACCAAUUAUAUAAUGUAGUCUAAAGUUUGCAUUAUGUAUGCAUAUGCAGCUCCUUUAAAAUCACUGUGUUUUUCCUUAGAACAAAUUUAACAUGAAUAUUUAACACGCAUAUGCGACUUGGAAUGCCUUAAGACUUUUAAUUAAUAUUUUCUUUUUAUUAAUAAGCUUUUCAGGAUAGCAAAUUUGGUAACGAAAAGCCUUUAAGGUAUGAAAAUAAUAUGAGGUGAAUUCUAACCUUUAAAUGGUGCAGAAAUAUGGUUUUUAUCCAUAUAUAUGUCGAUUGUCAACUGAAAAUCUUCACCAAAAACAUAACUAAGCUUUACUAUAUUUGCCUAUAUGUAACUAUAUAAGCCUAGAGUUUGAUUGCCGAUAUAAUGACAUGAAAGUGGCAUUACCGCAGGCUUCUUUUCUAUCAGGGGAUAAAAAGACAGAGUCGGUUUGAUGGGGUUUUUUUUUUUUUUCCCCCGGAGCCUGUCUUUGGUGGUGAGCUUAAAAACUAGACAAAAAACAAAAAAACGUACUCCUGCAAAUUGUAAAUGAGACGCAAGUCUCCAUCAGUACUACAGAACAAUCAAUGCAGCAAUCUACUGUACAUACACAAUCCUGGCAUCUUCGUUUUACCAUUUUACAUGUGUAGAUUCGUUAUUGUGUUCCUUUCUGUAUUUUUAUUUUUUUUUUCUCUUUUGUAAAACAUUUAAAGAAGACGUAAUAGCUUUAAAGAAGACGUAAUACUCGAUACUUUCACAUAAAGGGAAGUAUGUCAUCACAUUCUGACUGAACCUCAAGAAACAUAAUCCACAGGAAAGAAACCACACUAUACCUCAAGACACACAAGAUACAUGAAGCACAGUGACCUUGGAGGGGUUCAGGGCUUCGAUCCCGUCGGCACUGUUGCCCAUGAAAUAUCUCCUCACCAUUUCAAAGCUACCUCCGAUUUCUUCACCCAGCGAAUCAGCUUGUGAGACACACGCUGCUAUAAACUACUCAUUACUCAGCAGGGGAUGGCAGUGAGUGCCAAUGUCAGAGAAAAAAAAAAGAACCCUUCUCUUGAAUGCCUGUAAUAAUAAUAAUAAUAAUGUUUGAUGGCACAGAGAAGCUCUGCAAAUGAUUUGUGAGAGUCAGGCAGGUGAUGACUGAAAUCCGAGGUGUGAUUGGAUUCCAAGAUGAACUCCUCAAGCAGCUAAGGGAAUACGUACUGUUUUUUUUUUUUUUUUUUUUUUUUUAUUGUUUCCUUAUUUUUAACACUUUCAUUUACCUGUUAUAUGUAAUAAGGUUCUUUUCUUUCUCGGCAACUGGGGCAUCUGUUUUACAUCAGUUAACUUGAAUAUGUUUUGUACUGAUUUACUCAAUUGUUUCUAUGGAUCAAAUGCUUGUAUGACUCUAAAUGAUAUUAUUGCAAAUGGAUUUUCUCUGCUCCUCUUAUUUUCUUCCUUUCUUUUCUUUUUUUACUUUUCUUUCGGUUUUUAGUGUAGACUUCUUCUGACAUACAUACUCUUCAGAUAUGUACCUCAAAAAAGAGAGAGAGAGAGAGAGAGAGAGAGAGAAAAAAGAGAGACUAAUAAUCAGUUGACAAAUACCUACCUCCGGUCUUGAUAAAAGAAAAGGUUUUUGCCUGGUCUAUUUCAGCACAAUUUCAAAACAAUGUAUGCUGAAAAACAAACGGACUGCACAAAAUCCAUGCUUUACGAAACAUUAAAUUUCAAUUGAUUUUUUUUAAUUUGCCUGGGGGAGAAGACAGAGUAAAAAAAAAAAGAAAAACUUGAUAAUUUUUCAGGUUAAAAAGUAUAUAUAUAUGUUUUGGUUUUGUAUAUUGCAUACAUGACUAUGUUUUUUUUUUUUUUGAAAGAUUAGUAGAUAUUGAGAUAUACUUGAUUAGCAAGUUUUGUGUCUUUUACACAAAUGUGAUUUUCUGUUCUUGUUAUGUGGUUCAUGCAGGUUUAUAUGUAAUACUUCAUAUGUAGUGAAAUGUUACACCUUUUUUUCAGCCUAUCAUCAUGAAAACCUUUGAACCGUUAACUGGUAUUCUCAACUGGGUCUGAGGUAGAGCCUCACGGAAAGCUAGUGGAGCAGCGGACAUGCCUCUUGAAUUGACACAUUUAUAGUUGCAUGGGGUGGCUACCUUUAGCACGGCAGCUGCAAACCAAUGUUAGAUCUUGCUCAAACACUGUAACGCUACCUAACUUUUCUACAUAUUCAGCAGUGCAAAAAAUAAAUAAAGAAAUAAAUAGAAAUAUAUCGGAGAGAGUAGCUUACCUGUGUGAGUGUAGGCAUUGAAAUAUGGUCUUUUGGCAGCUUGAAACUAAGGCUACAUUCACGUUUGACACAUUAGGAAGCAACUAAAUGGCAGAGACAUAAAUGACCUUUUUUUUUUCUGCAUCAAGCAUCCAAAAUGAAAUGCAGCCCUUCAGGGAGCUGGACAUUCAUCAGAAAGUUCAGCUCGCUGUAAAGACCUUCACUUUACUGUCGAUGCAACGGUUUUAUGUGAUUCGUGAGAACGCAGUUUAUUCACCGAGUGCUGUCUAUCACGUCAAAAAAAAUGGACUGUUUUGGGAGAAAUGAAUGAACAAUUAGUUAAAUUGAGAUUGGGUGGAACAGAUUCCUGCUUGGUGAGUAAAUUCGUCUCCUGUUUACAGUGAGAUCCAACUGCGCUUGUCAGAUCGAUGCGCUUAGCUCAAACGAGCGAAAUCAUGUACUAUUGCGAGGCACGUUGCUGAUAGUGAGUGAUUAAAUGAAAACCAAAUUGUAUAUUAGCCUGAAACAACAUGUCUGUUCACUAGAAAAUCUAUCUCUUUUGUGGUUAUGUAGAAAUUCUGCAAAUGGAGUUCCUGUCGAAACUUCAUCCUCACGUUUGUCAUGUUAAAAACAUACUAAAAACAUGAUAAUAAUGCAAGGGUUUUGACUGAAACAUCUCACUACUGUAACAUGUUUGAGGGGGUGGAUAACUCCGGAGAGCCGAGGCGUGGACGUGAAACAAAGCGUUUUACAAAGUUAAAACUAUGCACCUAUGAUAAACCCAAAGAGAAAUGAAACAGAUGAACUGAAUGUGUGAUUUCGAAGGAUUUCAAUAAGAAGAAGUAGAGAUUUUGCCAACACCGUUCACAUACUGGAAGUAAACUCCGUACCUGCAGAGAGCCAUCAUUUUGAAACUGCACUGAAAUAGUAGAUUCUGUUUUAUCUGCAUCGGCAGAAAUACUGAAGACCCUUAAAACAUCUCAUCAUCAGGAGACACCAUAUACUGUAUAUUCUGUUCCUUUGUUUAGGUCUUUUUUGUUCACCCGUAACAAACAUCUGUUUGCAAGAGUUUUCACUCCUUUAGGUAAAAAUGAAAAGGACUGUUCUCUGUGAUGCACAUGUCUGACAGUGUGUAUUACUGACUAAAAUGUCACAAUGUUCUUGAGUCCUUUCUUGACUUGAUCUGUUGGUUUGAAUGUGUAUCCACGGGAGCCACUGUUGAUGUGCUUUUCGCUGUGGGUGUCUUAAUGAAGUCGACUUUGAUAACAUGUUCUAGUACAAUCGAAUACACACUACUACCUCCAAGAGGGCCUCUUUAUUUUUUUUUUUUUUUACCUCAUUAUUCAAUCUGCUUACAAUACAGUUAAAUUCAGGUGGCUGAGUCCAGGGAGAA